GGCCGGGCGUGGUGCUCCCCACUCAUCCUCCUCGUGCGCCGUGCCGGCCUUCACAGUCUGUGACCGAUCAAACGUCUCGGUGUGCCGGAGUCGUCACGGGGAGAGAAAAAGCCACGGAUUGGCGAGGUUCAUACAGCCGGAGAAGACUCGACCCUGUCACCCAUCAAGCCUCCUGCUCCUCCUGCACGCCCGCGUAGAGAAGACUCCACUCCGCGUGAGAUCACCUGCGCAGUGUGAGGAGAGAGAGAGAGAGGAAGGGCGCAACGCGAGAGAGCGCCUCGGUCGAUCGACGGUUAACAGGCGCCGCCAUCUUAGCGCCUUUGUGACGUCAUGGAGCCGUCGUCUGAGCACGAGGUCGCCCUGCGGAGCACCGCGCACCGCGUCUACCUGGUCAGGCGCGAGCCAGCACAGAGCCUCCCCCCGCCAGGUCUCGUCACCACGUUCAGGAUCUGGGGCUCGGCUGUGCCAACAUCCACCACCACCACAACCACCACCACGCCGCCGCCGUCACCACACCGGGACCCGCGGCGCUCCCCGCGCGCCUACGACGCCGCGAGCCCACGACCCACGCCGACUCCCGCUCCGGGCGACUCCACGUUCCCGGCUCCGGGUCUUUGCGCCCGCGGCGGCGGCGGUGGCGGCGGCGGCGGCGGUGACCGCGACCUCCCGGAGCCGCUCCGUGCGUGCGGCGAGCCGGUGGUGUUCCGCACGUGGGUGCGGCACCACGGCACGGUGCGCACGCUGCGCCUGCCCCAGGGCCGCGUGCUCGCCAGCCGCUCCGACUCGGGCGCCUGGCGCUGGGCCUGGUUGCCCUGCUCGGGGUGGUGA